GGAUUCCCGAGCCAGCCGGGCGCUCGCCCUCCGCCCGCCGGCUGCAGCGUCGCGCGGCCAAGGUCAGAGGCUCCGCCGCAGCAGCAGCAGCAGCAGCAGCAGCAAACCAGAUCAGCGGGUCAAUCCUUGCCGCGGAGGGGAAAAGCCCCAGGGCGCAUUUGGUUCGCACCAGCAGCCACCAGGGAGGGAGGCGAGAGGAGGUCUCCGAGCCUGCUGGGCCCCACCGAGACAGUCGCAGGCGCAGCGACCCGGCACGGCAGGUGGCCGCCUCUCAGUCUGCGCUCCAGGAGCUGGGGCGGCACUUUGAGCUCUGGGCGCUGUCCGUCGCCUCGUGGUGCUGAACCCAGCCCCACGGCCAAGGGGCCUGCUCACCCGCCUUCUCGCCUACUGAUCGCUCCGAUUGGGGCAGGACAGGGGCAAAAGGGAGCCCCUGGGCAGCUGCCCACUGGAGCCGAGGGGUUGAAACAGGACAGCCAGGAAACGGCAGCCUGGCCGCUGCUCCUGAUGUGCAUAGGAGACGCGCGCUGCAGCCGGCGGCGGCGCUAGUGCUGAUUCAUCACCUAGAGCUCCUUACAGGCCAUCGCGAGGGCAGCGAACUGACUCUGGACUCUGGCCGCAGGUUGAAGCCGCUGGCGCAGGAGCCCCGCGGGCAGGAGGUGAGGACCCCUUCCCUUCUCUUGCCCCCAGUCGUCCUAGGGCGGUGGCGCCAGGACACAGAGAGGGGCGUGCCCCCCAGGCUGUGAAGUGGUCAAUGCCUGUGUAAUGCCCUCGCCUGCAGUCUCUCCGGUGCUGACCACGCUUGGUCCCCUCCUCCGCCUGUCUCUGGAGCUUGGGCCGUUCCAUCUCCCACCCUGAGCACCUCGGUCUGUUCGCGCCGCGAUGGAGGAGGAGCUGAAGUGCCCCGUGUGCGGCUCCCUGUUUCGGGAGCCCAUCAUCUUGCCCUGUUCCCACAACGUCUGCCUUCCUUGCGCUCGUACCAUCGCCGUGCAGACCCCGGACGGUGAGCCGCACCUGCCCCAGCCGCUCCUGCACUCCCGGGGCUCGGGGCUACCCGCCGGCGCUGCCGCGGCACCCCCUCUGGACCACGACGCGGCGGCUGGCCCAGCCUGCAGCGGAGGAGGCGGGAGCGCAGCUGGCGGCCUGGGCGGCGGUGCGGGCGGUGGCGGGGACCACGCGGACAAGCUGAGCUUGUACAGCGAGACAGACAGCGGUUAUGGUUCCUACACGCCGAGCCUCAAGUCCCCCAACGGGGUUCGCGUGCUGCCCAUGGUGCCCGCGCCGCCAGGCUCCUCGGCCGCCGCGGCCCGGGGUGCCGCCUGCUCUUCGCUGUCCUCGUCCUCUUCAAGCUCCAUCACGUGCCCGCAGUGCCACCGCAGCGCUUCCCUGGACCACCGAGGCCUGCGCGGCUUCCAGCGCAACCGGCUGCUCGAGGCCAUCGUGCAGCGGUACCAGCAGGGCCGCGGGGCCGCGCAGGGAGCGUCCGCAGCCUCUGCAGUGGCCAUCUGCCAGUUGUGUGACCGCACCCCGCCGGAGCCGGCUGCCACGCUAUGCGAGCAGUGCGACGUCCUCUACUGCGCUGCUUGCCAGCUCAAAUGCCAUCCAUCCCGGGGACCCUUCGCUAAGCAUCGCCUGGUGCAGCCGCCGCCGCCACCCGCGCCGGCGGAGGCAGCCUCAGCAUCCCCGGGCGCGGCCCAGGGCGCCCCCAGCGGAGGUGGCGGCUGCAAGAGUCCGGGGGGCGCGGGGGCUGGAGCGGCGGGGGGCAGCGCCGCCCGCAAGUUCCCUACGUGCCCCGAACACGAAAUGGAGAACUACAGCAUGUACUGCGUGAGCUGCAGAACCCCGGUGUGCUAUCUGUGCCUGGAGGAGGGCCGUCAUGGCAAGCACGAGGUGAAGCCGCUGGGAGCCAUGUGGAAACAGCACAAGGCCCAACUGUCACAGGCCUUAAAUGGAGUUUCCGAUAAGGCAAAAGAAGCAAAGGAGUUUCUGGUUCAGCUGAAGAACAUCCUGCAGCAGGUCCAGGAAAACGGACUGGACUACGAAGCCUGCCUGGUUGCUCAGUGUGAUGCGCUGGUCGAUGCUUUAACUCGGCAGAAAGCCAAGCUGCUCACCAAGGUCACCAAAGAGAGAGAGCACAAGCUGAAGAUGGUUUGGGACCAGAUCAAUCACUGCACACUGAAGCUGCGUCAGUCAACCGGGCUGAUGGAGUACUGCCUAGAGGUGAUCAAGGAGAACGACCCCUCUGGCUUCCUACAGAUCUCGGAUGCUCUGAUCAAGCGCGUGCAGGUGUCUCAGGAGCAGUGGGUCAAAGGCGCCCUGGAGCCAAAAGUGUCUGCGGAGUUUGACCUGACCUUGGACAGCGAGCCGCUGCUGCAAGCCAUCCACCAGCUGGACUUCAUCCAGAUGAAAUGUAGGGUGCCGCCCGGCCCCCUGCUGCAGCUGGAGAAGUGUUGCACCCACAACAAUAGUGUCACGCUGGCCUGGAGGAUGCCGCCCUUCACCCACAGCCCCGUGGACGGCUACAUCCUGGAGCUGGAUGACGGCGACGGGGGCCAGUUCCGGGAAGUGUAUGUGGGCAAGGAGACCCUGUGCACAAUCGAUGGUCUUCACUUCAACAGUACCUACAAUGCCAGGGUCAAGGCUUUCAACUCCUCCGGCGUCGGGCCUUAUAGUAAAACUGUAGUCCUGCAGACAUCUGACGUGGCCUGGUUCACCUUUGACCCCAACUCUGGGCACCGGGACAUCAUCUUAUCCAAUGACAACCAGACGGCCACCUGCAGCAGCUAUGACGACCGGGUGGUGCUGGGCACAGCCGCGUUCUCCAAGGGCGUGCACUACUGGGAGCUGCACGUGGACCGGUACGACAACCACCCAGACCCCGCCUUCGGGGUGGCCAGGGCCAGCGUGGUCAAGGACAUGAUGCUGGGCAAGGACGACAAGGCCUGGGCCAUGUACGUGGACAACAACCGCAGCUGGUUCAUGCACUGCAACUCCCACACCAAUAGGACGGAAGGCGGUGUGUGCAAGGGGGCCACUGUCGGCGUGCUCCUGGACCUGAAUAAGCACACGCUGACCUUCUUCAUCAACGGGCAGCAGCAGGGCCCCACAGCCUUCAGCCAUGUGGAUGGGGUGUUCAUGCCAGCCCUCAGCCUCAACCGCAACGUGCAGGUCACCCUGCACACAGGAUUGGAAGUACCAACAAACCUGGGGCGGCCAAAGCUAUCGGGCAACUAGCCUCCCGGCCCCAGCUGUUCACCGGCGUCUGGGAAAAGCCCCACCAUCCCUCGCUGAGGUCGAAGGACCCGCGAGGGCAGGACGAUCGCCUUGAGGGGUGCAGCCCAGCAGCCGCUCAGUAUCUUAGAGACGUGUUUUCUUUGGGGGGUGAGAAUAGGUCUGCAGGCCACGCUUGUUGAGGCAGCUGGUUAAUAAGCGGCCACUGGUCGGUGGUGAAGCUGCGUGUGUGUUUCUCUCAUUCCUCCUGGACAUUACGAAUGCUCACGGAGAAGGAACUUUCUCGAGGGAGGGAGAAGGCAUCGGGGGCUUAUGAUUAUGUUUCCUGCCAUCUGUUUUCAAAGCUUGUCUUUUUUGCUGGUGGGGGGGAAAGAGGAGGGCCGACUUUGAGACUGGCAUCCUGAGAGCAGAGGCAGGAAGGCACUUCUGGAGCCCCACUCCCCAAGUGUUGAUUGACCCUUUGCUGGGACACCUCUCUGUCCCGAGGCUGCAGGUUCUCAUCUCCUCCAGGAAAGGUUCUCCUUUUUGCUUUUUUGGUCCUGGAGUCUCCACAACAUUAUGCCCUUGCAGACCUAAUCCAAGGUCGAUAGAAAGGGGCAUUAAUCUUGACCUUCGCCAUUCCCACUGACCUUCACCAUUCCCACUGAACUAUUGAGAACCUUUAAAAUGGUUUCUUUUGGUCCUUCAUUAAUCAUCUCUCUCUCUCUCUCUCUCUCUCUCUCUCUGUCACACACACACACACACACACGUCUGCUAAAAUGCAUUCAGUCAGUUCUUAGUCCUUAAACACAAAAGAAAACAAUGGAAUUGGAGUGACCACAUGAAGCGUGUCUGCUGGCCGGCAGCUGUUUUCUGGAACUGCAAGCUUGUCUGAGUUGCUCUCUUCCAGGCUUUGGUCCUCCCAGGGGGACCCUGGGGAAGCCUCUUAGAAUCUGCCUACCUUUUCUUCCAGACCCACCCUACUGUCAUCAUGAAAGUAGGAGAUGACCCCCCAUGGCAGUGGUGCCUCUGCCUUGGGAUGCGCAGGUCCUCUAAUGAAGGCAGGAAAUAGCAAUAUCAGCAUGUCCCUUACACCCCAGACUCCCGGGGUGAGCCUGGCUGUGCCAGAGGCCCAGGCCGAGCCCCCUAGCAGGGCGCCCUCAUGGGCCCAGGAGGUCCCCAUUGAGUCAUUUGCAUCUCUCAGAAACAGAGCUCGCUUUCGGGGGUCUGAGCCCGGAGCCCGCCGCGGUCCUGUCCCCAGAGCACCUUCCUGUCCCCUCCUGCUCUUCCUCUUUGUCACCUGCCACCUCCAUUUCCAUCUGGUGGCGAACCUUUCUCCUUUUUAAAAAGAAUAUAUUUUAUCAAGCAUUUUAUUUUUGAGGUUGAGGAGUACCUUGUCCAUUUGCUGGAUUGGAUUUUUAUAAAACUUAGCCCAUAAACCGGCAGCAACUGUGUUUACUCGGUUCUACCUGCUUGUGUAGACACUGCCCUUGUUUUCUGAGCGGCCAAGGCCAACGCUGUGUAGAUCCUGCCCCCCUAGCAGCAGAUCCUACAAUCCUACCUCAGAGCCCGCGCACCCUCGGACCUCGAGGCUGCCUUGUCCCCGCCGUGUGGGCAGACGUGGCCGGCUAGGCCACCUGCCCGGCGUCUUCAGGAGCUGCUUGGUGCUGUUUCGGCCUCCGAGCUCGGGUCCUGGCAACCACCUGCGUGUGGAGCUGAGGUCUUGCCUCUUGGUUCCCCGCCAGCGGCGUGGUUUCUCAGGCACCCGGAGGUCUUCCUCGUCCUGUCCCGGACCCCUGCCAGAGCCCCGAGGGGGAUGCAGGCUCCUGCCUGUCCUCCUGCCUGCACCUGCCUCUCCGUUUCACUCCUUAGCCAUAGCUCCGGGUGGACUCAGCUUGGAAGCUGGGGAAGCUUCCUGAAGAUUGGAGGACACAGAGGAGCCACGGCCUUGCUGGGGCUGAUGAAGCAUGGCCGGCAGAUCCAGAUGCAUCGGCUUUGGGAAAAGACUGGCCAGCGUGCCGGGAGUGACACCAGGAGGGUCAGCAGCUCCAGGAGGCCCCGUGAGUGUCCCCAGCAGGCACCUUUCCGGCUUUGCUCCUCCUCCAGGAACCCAGCAGCACCGUGUCAGGCUGUCCUGAAGCCACCUCUCCUGUCCUCAGCACAAAACACCUUUCAGGGACAAGAACGAACCCAGGAGAGAAGGCAGGUCUGUGCCACACUUGUUUUCGAGGGAUCGGCCAAACAAAGAAGGAAUCAUCAACGGCUGUGGCCUGACUUACAUCACCCUCCCAGGAAGCCCCUGGGAUUCGGAGCAGAGGCUACAGGUCGUGAAUUUCUCAUUGGCCGUCGAAUUCCUGUCCCCUUACAAUGUGGUGGCAUUUUUGUACUUAGAAUUGUAUCAAAAUGAUGCUUUUGUUGGGCUGGCUGAGGAAUCACUUGGUGUUUGUCUAUCAAGCAGUUUCAGUGAGAAGAGAAUUCAAAGUAACUUAAAUGUCAGGUCCCAAUUCAUUGUAAAUAAUGCCUCCUUGACGUAGUUCCGCGGUUCGUGCUCUGCUCGUGAGCAAGUUUGCUCAAAGCAUAUGCCUUUCCUUUUAGAAUGAAUCCCUUUUAAGCGUCCACUAGCGACUCACCGCAAAGCACCCUAGCUCCUAAUUCAAAGCAAAAGCUAAAACAUUGCACACAGCCCUCUCUGCCCCGUCGGGGAAAAUAAUGAUUCUAAUCAAAGUGGACAUCAGUAAUCCUGACCCACAAAGUAACUGGCAUAAAAACUAUGUAUACAGUUUUAUAUAUAGCUCUGGGCUGAAUCUUCAGCCCUCCGUGAACUCUGUGGUUGUGACAGCGCCCUCGGGCGCCUCGUGGCCCACCGAGAGUGAGGAGGGUCAUGCUUUCCAGAGUGAGCCUGGGCAGAACCGGAGUUCACCAGGGACGCUGGGAACAGGUUCGUGCUUCUUGCUCUUGGUGUCCGGGAAAGCCCAGCCUUGCGGUGCCCGUGCCCUCUGCCUACAGAUUCUCAGGAAAGGAUCACAACGCAGGUUCUACGUGUCCUUCUUCCGGGAACAUUUGCAUUUUAGCCUUAAUUCUGGUUGCAAGUGAAAGGCUCGGUCCCCUGUGAAGGCAUGUUUCAGCACAGACGAGCAGACAGUUGUCCUGUGGCCACCCACAUGGGGAGGAUAGGGAGGGUAGGUAACACUCCGAGGUGGGGGGGGGGGGGCUCAGCACGGGAGUGCCAGAAAACACUCUCACAAGGCCCAUGGCUGAUGCCAGGGUUCCUCAACCUCCGCACCCCCCGGGGUGGGGGGGGUGGGGUUCUCUUAUUGUGGGCUGGCCAUGGCCUCCCCACACUAGAUGCCGGUAGCACCCCCCCAAGUGAGGGGUGAUGACCCAAAGCGUCUACAGACAUUGCCAGAUGUCCCCUAGGGGACACCCUGGGUUGAGAACCACUAGCGGUUUGUCAUGUGUCCAUGCGUCGAUAUGCAGGGUGAUGCUGGGGUAUCCACUUCAGAGUUACCCGGAAAGCCUGUAUCACAAUGUAUGGACCUUCCCACCCAAGACCAGGAUUGUCCUUCCAUAGGCCUACAGUGCUCUGCCAGCCGGGGCAGGUAGGGGGAAAUGGAGGUGAGCCACCAACAGAGGCCAAACUGUCAGGUCUCACUUUGUAUUUACUGAAGAUGCCCCCACCCGCACCCCCCCAACUCCUAGAAGACACCCCCCAUUCCUAGAAGGCAAAACUUAUUACCAAAUGUUUCCUUGGCCGCUUUUGCCUGGAGGCAACAGGAACUUAAUGGAUUUGUGGCCUAUUAUCUGGUUUUAAAAAUCUAAUCAGAUCUCAUUAGAAGAUAUUUAGGGUCUCUGCUGAUUCUGGGAAAUCUCUACUUCUGUUUUGCAAGUAAGCCAGUAAGCUGUUUUCAAGGAUCACUUUCCUUGGCAGGUUCCUCCUUAAAGAGAAAGGGAUCCUGGUGGCUUUCGCUUUAAAUGGACUGUACGAUAGGUAAGAGUAGGUGUGGGGUAGGAUGUGUGGCUCAGGCACCGCAUUCAGCCCUCAGACACUCGUGUCUUUGAACCUGGCUUUGAUAAUGGUUCACACGUCUUAAAUCUUUCUGUGUCUCGGUAUCCCCACCGAGGGAAUGCUUUUGAAAGAAAAGAAUAUAGUCUCUCAUCUAUUGAGUCUAGGCUAAUGGUCCCCUUCAAAGAAUCAAGCCUGUGUGGUGACCUUCCAGAAUGUUCUCCGACCACAAGACAGUGUCUUCCAUCCCAGCCUCUUGUGACCAGGAGCAUGUAUGUAUUAACACUGCUGCCUGGCCUUGAGGAGGGAAAAUUGACAUUUGAAAUAGGCUUCACAUGACCAUGCAAAGCAACACCCCAGACGUUCCCAUUCCCAGCAAGGCCUGUUUUAACGGUACUUUGGUGCAACGUGCUGUAAGCGGGCCACAUGUCAGCAUUGUCAUUGUUAGUCCCAAAGGCAUCUGUGUGCAGAAGCCCCCAUAAAACGUAGAAAGAGGUUGACCUGCCUCUCUGUCUCCUCGGUCACCUUAAGUUCUAACAUCUGAGGCGUCCCCCAACCCAUCCUGUGUCUCCAUUGUUUCCGAAGAUCUCGGCAGGGGAGCGGCUUUGAGAACCAAUGUCUAAGAGUAAGGCGGGAGGCACCUGACCCCGCGGCUGGGAGUCUGCAUGGCCCUGGGACUCCACUCGCACUACCUGUUGGGGAGGGGGGUGGGGGGUGGUUCCCAGCUUUCCUUGUGAACGACGUUGGCUUCAGGCAGGAGUUGGGAGUCGAGACCCCACAGGGGAGUCUUGUCUGGAGGGCGCGGGCUGCCCAACCUAGUCCUGGGGAAGACCCCCGCAAGGUGGGCACCACUCACCAGGCCAGGCCCUCAGGCAGCCUCUGAGGAGACUCCAAACACAGACUUCAGAUCCGGAAAAGCGGCCUCCAGUGGCUGUGGAAGCAGGAACACGGCGAGGGCCUGCAGACCUUUCCAGCUCGUCCCGCGCCCGGUGGCUGGGCGUCCCCAGCCUGACUUCCUCAGCACCAAGAGGAAGCGCGGAGUGAGCCAAGCAGAAGACGUUAAAUGCAUGAUGUAGACGUGCUGCUUUCCCACUAACUUUGUCGUAUUCAGCAUGAGUGAUUUGUUUAACGUUGGCAAAGGAAUUUAAAAAGUAACAAGCUCUGUGUCCUUGUUUUGGCUGUCCACAGUUCUUGCAUUUCCCUGCCUUCCUUUACCCCCGCCACCCCCCCCCCCCACCAUCGCAUCCACUUUGUGUAACAGUUGUCCGUAUACGGUGGCAGCUCUCGGUCCCGUUGGUGUUCGUGUUCCACUGGAAACACGGGGGGAGGGGGGGAGGGGGGGGAAAGCAACUUUUUUCUAAUUUUUGUAUCGGUAUCCACGAGCGUUUGUAUUUUUUGAAUUGCAAACACUGUGUUUUCUGGUCUUUGGGGGGUUGGUUAACUUUGUGUAUUGCCUUCUGGAAAACCUGAGUUUUAUCACAGUCUUGAGCAGAUUUGAAAUAAAUUCUUUGGACACUGCCAACAACCGAAA